AUGAAUCAACUCUUACUUUACUUUCAGUUUGUCUCCACUACUGUGCGAAGAGGAGGAAGCGAAGGAAUGGCAAAUGCAAAAUUGUCUGUUGAGGAUCCAGUUUCUGAGGAAAACGAAUUUGUGGUGUCAGAGAAGAAAAGGAAGGGCUUUGUCGGAUGCCGCAUUAACAACUGGUUCAUGAUUAGCACCAUUAUCGAUGUUGCCAUCGGUUUCGCUGCCGGAUUUGGCAUUCAAAAAGCCGGUUUGAAUGAAACUGGCAAAAUGUGGCUCGGAAGGAUAAUGGCUCAAACACUAGGAUCUGGAUCAGCUCCUCAGGAUAAUCUCCCGAGUUCAAAAAACCAAAUUUCCUACAUCUUCAAGGACCUUUUGCUCUGUGUUAUUGCAACACUUGAUGCUACUGUUCAUUGUUGGCAGUGUAGAACUAACAAACCUCUUUCCCAUCGAUGUGGGAUGGUAGCCUUUCCACAUCUACUCCACAAACUGUGGCCGAAUUCGUUUGAUAAUCACAUAGCUCCAAAUGAAUACCGUUUGUCAACACCAACUAGAAGUAUCGAAACACCUAAAGAUUUCUUCCAUGUAAUUCUAGGAUAUGCUAUCAUUUUCUGUCCGGCAUUUAACCUUAUUUGUUUUGAAUUUACAACUUGA